CUUCUUUCUUAGCUAUAAAUGGACAGUAAAUUUUUCUAAUGUAAUUGUACUUGAAUCAGUAAAUGACUUCUAUAUUGCGACACUUAUUAUUGAUCCGAAGUUUAUUUAUAUAACUGUGCACCUAUUAUAUAACUCACAAGAUUACGUUGCACCUGUGACUAUCUGAAUUAUUAUUUAUAUAAAUUUCAUCAUCGUUGAAAAGUGAAGUUUUGUUUGGCCAGUUCCUAUCUUCGGAAAUGAAAUCAGUUCUUCCACUCGUUGUGCUCACGGUGUGCGGGUUGUGGUUCGCUCCGUGCCUCUGUUUUGACCCUUACUCACCGGGCCCGCAUGCGGUUGUCCAGGUGAAAAUAAACCACACUCAAUACGCCCCUGGCUUGUCCGUACAUAUGUCGGCUUGGGCUCCCGCAGAAGCUGGGGUUUACCCUGUGGUUUAUUUCUUCGAUGGGUUUCAAUCGACCAUGCCAGUGGAAGUUUACGGUGACGCCCUUGAGCGAGUAUCCACGCACGGGUUCGUUGUUGCAGCUCCGUGGAAUUUUACGGACAAUUUCCGCCCAGAGGAAAAACUCGACGCAAUGCAACAUGUGUUUGACUGGACGUACGACAACUUGGACUCUGUGCUGAUCGCUGCCGGUGCCUCCAGCGACUUAAUCACUGAUUAUCAGACGGCUUUUGCCAUGUCGCACUCUGCGGGUGGUCACAUGGUGUGUAGUUACCUGCAGCUCAGCGGCUGCGAGAACUUCAAGGGCAUGGCGUUGACAAGCCCCGUGGAUGGGGUUGACCCUUUCGGUGUUGUCGACGAUUACUGCACCUCGCUGGACUCUACCCUUAAUUUCUCCAUACCCACCAUCGUCAUGGCGGCGGGGCUCGAUGAUGUGCCAGGGAGCAACUUGACAAGCACAACAUGCGCGCCGGCAGACAUGAGCAACAUGCGGCUGUCAUUGCGCUUCUACAGAGCACUCGAUCCCGACAGCCCCCGCUGGUUCCUCAACGCCACCGAGUUUGGCCACUUCGACUACUGCAACCUUCUCUUCCAGGAAGCGGCUGCGGUAUCGCACUUCUGCGCCACCAACCGGGAGGCUGGCCUCCUUGAGUUCAGCAAGUACCGCAGCUUCGUGCCCGGCACCGCCGUCGCUUUCUUCUUCAGUCUCUUGGAGGAUGACUGCCAGACGUAUCUGCCGUACCUGCAAGACACGUCCGCAAUGCCUGUCGCGGUCGUGGGAGAAUACGUCAACCAGGGGGAGGCCACGGGCCAGUGUCCAAGGGGCUACUGCUCCAGAGUCCCAUCUGUGGAUCAGAACUAAGGACAUCAUCAUGAAAAUAAAGCAAUGAUACUGAGGAAAAUGAGGAACCAGUCAUAAAUACGUAGCACAGCAAUAAAACAUCACGAAAGCAAUGAAUAAAAUUACACAAUAUUAGGCACUACUCCUACAUGGAAAUCCAAAAUAGAAGAGCAGAGUUUUCUAUAAUGCAUUCCUUCGGCUAUCGGUACUAGUAGUAUUUUCGCCAUAACUAACUACACUCGUAUAGUCGUAACUCGCGGCUGUUGUUUUCUCUCCACUGAUCAAUAUACCGGACGCACCUCAAUCAUACUUGUUAUGGUAAAAAACCACACGUGCAGUACAAUUUCCUUUAAUUAACGCAAUUUUUGUCAGAUUUAAUUUAUAAUUACAUAGUUUAAAUAAAUCUUCUGUUGUUA